AUUUCAAUCCGCUCGUCGUCAGCGUUUCCCAGUUCGCCAUCCGUUGGUGUGGAUGGCAGCGAUCUCUACCUCCGUCGCCUCAUCUUCCUCUCCCGCCCUCAAGCAGCGCAUGGUAAUCUCUCUCUCUCUAGCCGCCUAUUGUAAGUUGCUUCCCCUAGCGCAGCGAUCGCCCACCUUUCGCUGCUCGACCUCUCGGCGUGAUGGGAAGAGAGCCCCGCCGCUGCUGCAACUGGCCGUCGGUGGCGUCACGGAGAUCCUCAGGCUCCUCUCUCCCAAGAAACAGAGAGAUGAGGCGAAAGCCGCGACGCAAGCACCUUCUUUGGCUCGUAGCGUAGAUGACGUCGUCCGAAUUCUUCGAGCGGAUUAUGAUCGUGCUUAUUUCCUUACAGGGGAGUUCACCUCCGACAUAUAUGCCGAUGAUUGCUUAUUUGAAGAUCCUACAAUCAAUUUUCGUGGCAGGGACCGGUACUCUCAGAAUCUGGACUUGCUCGUUCCUUUCUUUGAUCGCCCAUCCCUUAAACUUGAGAAUAUCGAGAAGGGUCAGAAUUAUGAAAUGAACUUCAUUCUGGCAACAUGGUGUCUAAGGACCUAUUUAAAGUUACCUUGGAGACCUCUCAUUGGUAUUAGAGGAACAACCACAUAUGAUUUAGGUGAAGAUUUCAAAAUCAUCAGGCAUGCUGAAAGUUGGAGUAUCUCUGCUCUUGAAGCAGUUGGUCAAAUAUUCAAACUGGGCUCAGCAGGGGUUGACGAGUAAGCAUUGAAGAAAGCUUUUAACCAAACGAUGCCACCGACACUUAGAUAGGAGGUCUCGGGAUUUAUCGAGGUGUCGAGUUGCAGGAGGCAACCAGAUUCGCAAAUGGAACCAAUAGGAGGCAAGCAAAAUGUUACAAGUACCCACUGCAGGUGCACUCAUUUCACAUUGUCAGAAUACGGUCCCUUCAAAUAAGUGAGACGAGGAGACAAUGAUGUAUAAAAAGACAAUACACGUGAGAAGGGAGCGAAGUAGUCCAUUCUAAUUUUGAGUUGUAAACUAUUGGUCGCGAAAAGACCCAACCCAACCCACACAAACUCUUAGAAGGUAUCAUUUGGUAGGGAGGUUUGGAUUUAGGCUGUGAGUGAGAAGGCAGAGAUAGAAACUAAA